UGCUGUGCGGCGCAGGCCGCUCCCGGAUGUGUGCCUAGCGCCGGAAGAGAAGGCGGCCCCCUUCUCUCGGCCCGGCCAUCUUGUGGGAAGAGCUGAAGCAGGCGCUUUUGGCUCGGCGCGGUCCGCUGCAAUCCGUGGAGGAACGCGCCGCCGAGCCACCAUCAUGCCUGGGCACCUACAGGAAGGCUUCGGCUGCGUGGUCACCAACCGAUUCGACCAGCUAUUUGACGACGAAUCGGACCCUUUCGAGGUACUGAAGGCAGCAGAGAACAAGAAAAAAGAAGCCGGCGGGGGCGGCGUUGGGGGCCCUGGGGCCAAGAGCGCGGCUCAGGCCGCGGCCCAGACCAACUCCAACGCGGCGGGCAAACAGUUGCGGAAAGAGUCCCAGAAGGACCGCAAGAACCCGCUGCCCCCCAGCGUCAGCGUGCCCGACAAAAAGGAGGAGACGCAGCCGCCGGUGGCGCUUAAGAAAGAAGGAAUAAGGCGAGUUGGAAGAAGACCUGAUCAACAACUUCAGGGAGAAGGGAAAAUAACUGAUAGGAGACCAGAAAGGCGAACACCUCGGGAAAGAAGAUUUGAAAAGCCACUUGAAGAAAAGGGUUCUGAAGGUGGUGAAUUUUCAGUUGAUAGACCGAUUAUUGAACGGCCUAUCCGAGGCCGAGGUGGUCUUGGAAGGGGUCGAGGAGGCCGUGGACGUGGAAUGGGCCGAGGCGAUGGAUUUGAUUCUCGUGGCAAACGUGAAUUUGAUAGGCAUAGUGGAAGUGAUAGAUCUUCUUUUUCGCAUUACAGUGGCCUGAAGCAUGAGGACAAACGCGGAGGUAGCGGAUCUCACAACUGGGGAACUGUCAAAGAUGAAUUAACAGAGUCUCCCAAAUACAUUCAGAAACAAAUAUCUUAUAAUUGCAGUGAUUUGGAUCAAUCAAAUGUGACUGAGGAAACACCUGAAGGUGAAGAGCACCCAGUGGCAGACACUGAAAAUAAGGAGAAUGAAGUUGAAGAGGUUAAGGAAGAGGGUCCAAAAGAGAUGACUUUGGAUGAGUGGAAAGCUAUUCAAAAUAAAGACCGAGCGAAAGUAGAAUUUAAUAUCCGAAAACCAAAUGAAGGUGCUGAUGGACAAUGGAAAAAGGGAUUUGUUCUGCAUAAAUCAAAAAGUGAAGAGGCUCAUGCUGAAGAUUCGGUUAUGGACCAUCAUUUCCGGAAGCCAGCAAAUGAUAUAACGUCUCAAUUGGAGAUCAAUUUUGGAGACCUAGGCCGCCCAGGACGUGGUGGCAGGGGAGGACGUGGUGGACGUGGCCGUGGUGGACGUCCAAACCGUGGCAGCAGGACUGAUAAGUCAAGUGCUUCUGCUCCUGAUGUAGAUGACCCAGAGGCAUUCCCAGCUCUGGCCUAACUGGAUGCCAUAAUACAACACUGGUUCCUUUGUGGACCCUCCUGUUCAAAGCUUUUGCAUGCUUAAGGAUCCCAAACAACUAAGAAUUAAAAAAAAAAGACUGUCAUUCAUACCAUUCACACCUAAAGACUGAAUUUUAUCUGUUUUGAAAAUGAACUUCUCUAGCUACACAGAAGUAACAAAUAUGUUAGUCAGUUUUGUAUUUAGAAAUGUAUUGGUAGCAGGGAUGUUUUCAUAAUUUUCAGAGAUUAUGCAUUCUUCAUGAAUACUUUUGUAUUGCUGCUUGCAAAUAUGCAUUUCCAAACUUGAAAUAUAGGUGUGAACAGUGUGUACCAGUUUAAA